AUGACCUUUAAUCAAGACGUAAACUGCAUUCUUGCAGAACACGAGCAAAAUCAACAAAAUCAGGAGGAGAUAGGAAGCACUAGUAGAGGAAGAGGAAACAUCAAGAGAGGGAAAGGUCGAGGAAGAGGGAAGAGAGGAAAGAGAGGUGGAACUAGCGGAACAACAAGAAUCACCAGAGCGAUCACAGCAACAAAAGGUAAAGAACGGCAACCUAAAGAUGAAGACACAGAAGAAGAAGAAGAGGAAGAAGGAAAAGAAGAUAGGAAAGAAAGUGAGAGUAGUGAGUUGUCAGACGGAGGAAACGGAAUAGAAGGAGUAGAAGGAGGUGAAGAUGAAAACGAAGAAGGGGCUUACGAAGAGGAUCACAUAGAUCUAGUAAACCCUAGAAACAGUCAGGGUGAUAUCCCAGUUAUUGACUAA